GUGUAUUAUGUAAGAUAUGUUAUGUUAAAUGCAUAAUUCAUGACUGCAAACUACAUAUUGGAUGUAAGUAGUAUUGACCGUCGGAUGACAGUACCGCGAAAUGUGAAAUGUACGUGUUUAUAUUUCAACAAGCAUAGUUAAUUUGAGAAACCGUUUAAAAUAAUAAGAACAUUUUAAUCAUGGACUGGGAAGUUUCUUACAGGAAUAUGUGUCGUGCUUGUAUGAAGAUUGAUUGUAAACUUUUACCAAUAUAUUGUGAUGACACGUCUGGUAUCAAGAAUUUACCUGAAAAACUUCAAGAAGUUACUUUAAUUCGAGUUGACAAGAACGAUGGAUUACCACAGAUGCUUUGCUCUAAAUGUGCUUAUCGGACAAUUGCAUCGUAUAAUUUUAGAUUACAAGUACAAAAGUCGGAGGAAAAAUUUAGGAAGAUGCUUAAUAUGCAAGUGGAAGACGUAAAAGAAGGAAUGGAAGAAAAUGUAAAUGAACAGAACUAUAUAAUAUUAGAAGAUGAAUUAAUGGAAAAAAAGUUUCUCUUCGAAACUUCUGCAAUGAUUUCUGAUAAUUGUGAUAAUGCGAGUUCUAUUAACGAAGAAUUAAAAAAGGAGGAUACAGAAAAGAAGAGAGAAGACGAACAAUCUUUAGAAAUAAUAUCGUUAAUGGAUUUUAAUAGUAACAAUGAAAUGGAUAAGAUUCAAGAUCAUUUAGAUAAUAUUAUAAAUGAUUCUCAGCCCGAUAAAUUAUAUAAUAUUAAAAGUGAAUUAGAUGAUCAAUUUGGUAAUACGUCUCAUUCACAAGAUUUAAAUUAUACAGUGGUAUAUGUAGGGGACACAGAAAUGGAAUCUGUUAAAUCACAGGAUCAUGAUCGUCUGUGCAAAUCAAAGGAUGAAAAUAUUAAUAUUCAAACAUUAUUUUCUAAAACUACUUUUGAAGAAUCUAAGACAAAUGAAAAUUUUUUAAAUACAAUAUACAUAUCUGGUAAUAUGGAAUCAAAGGAUGCUAAAGCAUUAAACAUUGAAACCGAAGCUUGGCAAAUGAUAUCAACAGAUGAACCAAUAGAACAGGUUGAUAAAAUAAAUCUAAACGUCGAACAAGAUUGUAAAACAACGGAGAACAUGGAAUCACAAGAAACUAAUGAUUCUGAUUCGGAUUACUGCAUUGAUCGAAAGGAUAAUAUUGUAGGCAGUUUAAAUGAUAUGAUAGCUAAAAUUAAAGAAAUAAAAACUGAGAAUAAUACAAUAGAAUAUCAGUGUACUUUGUGUUUGCAGAACUAUGAUAAACUUACCGGUAUUUUACUUCAUACUAUUGAUAAUCAUGUACCAAGUAGUGGUCCAUUUUUUUGUGUCGUUUGUGAAAUGGAUUGUAAUAGUCAUAAGGAAUUAAGGAAUCAUGUAAAGAUACAUACUGGACAAUUUCCGUAUAUUUGUUUCAUGUGUAAUAAAAGUUAUGCUUCGAAAAGAUAUUUAAAGCGACACAUGGUUGGUCAUACCAACUUAGGAAGAUAUCGUUGUCCAAAAUGUGGUGAAAGAUUUAAAACUAAAGUAGAAUUAGAAAAUCACAUUGAAACGCACGUACAUGGGGCACCAUAUACGUGCAGUCAAUGUCCACGCUUAUUCAACCACAAAGGUAAUUACAAAAGACAUUUAAUUUCACAUUUGGAUCCUAAAGGUCUUCAUUUACCAAAAUUCCCAUGCACUGUUUGUGGGAAACGUUUCUUGAAUAAUCGUACUCUUGAAACUCAUAUGCGGGUUCAUACAGGAGAAAAACCAUUUCAAUGCGAUAUAUGUAAUAAAAGUUUUUCACAGCAAGGAAAUUUAUUAAAUCAUUUAAGAAUUCAUUCGAAUUCUCGAAGUUAUACAUGCGAAGUUUGUGGGAAAAGAUUUAACCAAAGAGCUACGUUAAAAGAUCAUAGUUUUAUACAUACGGGAGAAAAACCUUAUAUUUGCAAUGUAUGCGGAGUAGGGUUUACAUUCAGUGCAGCAUUAAGACGUCACAUGUGGAAUCAUGCUAGUGGAAAACCUUUUGGCUGUGAAAUUUGCUCUUCACGUUUUGUAGGAAAGUAUGAUUUAAAACGCCACAUGCAAAUUCAUAGCGGCAGACCAAAAAUGAAACAAAGGAAAAAGGAAGGGCAAAAUAACACGGAAGAAGUAUCGAGAGAAAAUAUUACUGAAGUGGUAAACACAGAAACUGUUCUCAUAGAGCAAGUUCUUUUAAAUCAAGAUGUAACGCAAGUUAUACCUCAAGAAGAAGCAGAAAAAGAAAAUGUAGAUGCCCUUUUCAAUCUUAUACGCUAUGAUUAAUAUUAUUUAACAAAUACUUCAUUUUUUCUACUUAUUUUCCUCGAACGAUAGAGUGGUAGAUACAUUUUGCUUGGAUUGGAUAGAAUUUCUGUUUUUUUAAGUAACUGGACAUAUUGUAUAGCUCCAUAUUGGAGAUAUUAAAUAUUAUUUUAGAUAUAAUUGACAUAUUUAAUUUAUAAUAUAAAGCAUAAUAAUCUUAAGGGAUCAUGAUUUAUAAACUUUAGGAAUGAUUUAAGCAAUAAAUGAUUGCUUUGUGAACUUAUAGGAUGUAGCUAAACAAUUUUCUUUGAUUUCCUUAUGCAACAUUAUUUAUACGCAUAUUAGUAAAUUCCUUUUUCACAUUUUAUUUAUGUUUAACAUAAGUAAAUAUAAGACUGAACACAAAAUUACCAGUUUUAAAAAUAUUUUUUAUCAUGGACUCUAAUUCUUUACUCUUAUACAAUGUGUACACAUGUAUGCGUAUGAUUAUAUAAAGGAAU